AUUAUAAGACGUGACAAAACCUCGCCCAAUGGCUCGAGUCUUUUCUACCAAGUUCUCGCUGCCAUUCCGCACGGGUAUAAAGAGCCGUCCGUCGCGUCCAUGAGGCCCUUUCUGUCUUUUUUCAUCGGCAUCACAGCUAUCCUCCUUCCACUCUUCUAUACUUAUAGAUCUACUCCACACUACUCGGACAACCUCCAGCCUCUAGUCUCCAAGCUGCUGCAGCGUCUACACCUGCAACCCCCCACGACCAUCACCAUCAACGACCUUCCGUCCAUCGACCUCUACCCACCGCCCGUCGUGGUCCCCGUCACUGAUAUGGCCGUCCCCCGCGCAAUCCGCCAGGUCUUCCUGGCCAUCGAGCAGGCCGAGGGCGCCGGCGCACGGGUCCGCCGCUCCAUCGGCACCGCCAAGCUGCGCAACUUCAGCCCCUUCCUGAUGCUGGACCACUUCACCAUCGGCCGCGGCGCCGGCUUCCCCGACCACCCGCACCGCGGCCAGGAGACCAUCACCUACCUGCUCUCCGGCGGCGUUGACCACGAGGACUUCGCCGGCAACAAGGGCACCAUCGGGCCCGGCGACCUGCAGUUCAUGACCGCCGGCCGCGGCAUCAUGCACGCCGAGAUGCCGCACGAGAACCCCGACGGCUCCCCCAACGUCGGCAUGCAGCUGUGGGUCGACCUGCCCAAGCACCUGAAGAUGUGCGAGCCGCGCUACCGCGACCUGCGCGCCGCCGAGAUCCCCGCCGCCCGCGUCGACGACGGCCGCGUCGAGGUCAAGGUCAUCUCCGGCCAGUCGCACGGCGUCGACUCCGUGCGCGACCUCGCCUACACCCCGGUCUGGCUGCUCGACGUCACCAUCCGCCCCGGCGGCCGCAUCGCCCAGCCCCUGCCGCAGGGCUGGAAUGCCUUCGCCUACACCCUCGCCGGCACCACAGUGUUCGGCUCCAACGACUCCACCCAGCUGGUCAAGGAGUUCCACAACGUCGUCUUCGACCAGCCCGGCGACUACGUCGAGGCGUCGGUACCCGACAACGCCGAGUCCGAGUCGCGCUUCUUGCUGGUGGCCGGCCAGCCGCUGGACCAGAAAGUCGUGCAGUACGGCCCUUUCGUCCUGACCAGCCAGGAGGAGGUGUACCAGGCCAUGAUGGACUACCAGACCGCGUCGAACGGGUUCGAGAGGACCCGCGGGUGGGAGAGUGAAAUCGGCAAGAGGAUGGCGUUCUAAACCUAAGUGAUCAAAAAGGGAUUUGUCUUAGACUUUGUUCUCUUGUGUUUGGGUUUUGUUAUGAUAUAUGAUACUCCUGUCGG